CCUACUAAUGUGUACAGACGGAAUCCCCUAUUGGCCUUAGCCCGUUAUCGUCUACGUCAUCGGUCAAUCUCCAAUCAGCUGUUUGUUUCUUGCUCAGUGUCGCGCGAAACUUAGUCCAAUGCACUCUGGUUCUGAUUAGUUUGAAGUGAAGUGAGUGAAGCAAAGCUUUUCCUGUCCUGUUUUGUGAGAAGCGUUCACUCUUCAAUUAUUGAUAAUGGUAGUCCACUAUCUCCUGUUGCUGGUGGCGUGCCAGUUGUGUGUUGGAUUUGAACCUCACCCCCACUACGGCCCUCCGCCUCCUCCCCCUCAUCAUCACUAUGGUCAUCACCACCGCCCGCCACCCCCGUCUUCGGGGGUAUUCAACACUGGCAAGCAACCCAUUGUGUUUGAGGAAAGCGGAGAAAGUCCAUCCUACAGACCACGACCCGGGUCCCCUGGGAGGCAAGGAGGUAUGCAAGUCUUGUAUAGUUGGAUAUUCCCAGACUUCACUUGGCCGAGCGAAGCAGCAAGAGAAGAGGCCAUCCGUUCCAGACGUUACAUCCCCAACAACACAAUGAUCCUCGAUGUUGAUGUAUACGAAAGUAGAUCAGGGCGGACAGUGUUUGUGACACUGCCCAGAGCUCGGCCCGGAGUGCCUGUAACGUUGGCGACAGUGACCAAUCAGAAGCGCAGUGGUGCCAACCUGCUGGCUCCAUUCCCUGACUGGCAGAGCCACACCGGGGACUGUGGUAGCUCUAUCACCUCUGUAUUCAGAACGCAUGUUGACGACUGUGGCAGACUAUGGGUACUCGACAGUGGCAACAACAACGUGUUUGCUGGGGCCAGUAAGAUAGUCUGUCCUCCUCAAGUGUUGAUUUAUGACCUCAACAACAAUAACAGACUUAUUGGCAAAUACCACAUCCCACAGAACAUGGUAGCAGACAACAGUCUAUUUGUCACCAUCGCUGUGGACGUGAGGAGGCAAGAUUGUUCAGACAGUUUUGCGUACAUCGCUGACUCCAUUGCCUACAAGAUGAUUGUGUUUGACCUCAACAAGCAGGAGUUCUGGAGGAUCAACAGCGUAUUGUUCUUCCCAUACCCGGACCAGUCGAGGUUCAAUGUGGACGGAGUCUCGUUUGACCUUAUGGGAGGAAUCUUUGGACUGGCUAUUGGCCCCUUGUACCGAGGCAAUCGUAGACUCUACUUCCAUUGUAUUGACAGUGUUAAGCAGUCAUGGGUGGACACUAAGGAAAUCCGGAACAACAGUCUGUGGAAGAGUAAUAUGAAUGCAAAACCUAGAGCUUUCAACCUCUUCAGUGGAACUAGGUCUAGCCAGUCGGCAGCUGCUACUAUGAACAACGAGGGAAUCAUGUUCUUUGGAUUGCUGGGAAGCAACGAAAUAGCUUGUUGGAACUCUAGAAUGCAGUUUUCGAGAAGGAAUAUUCCCAUCCUGGCCAAGGAUGAUCGAACGCUUCAGUUCAACUCUGGGAUCAAAGUGUACGGAGACAAGUUGUACGUAGCGACCAGUCGACUGCAGAACUACGUUACACAGAGAGUUCCACAGAACGAGGAGAACUACCGAGUGUUGGUCGGCGAUGUCGUCUCACUCACCCGAGGAACAAGUUGCCAAGUGGCACUUGAAUCGGACUUGGUAUUUCCAGAUGAAGUUGCUUGGAGUGAAAGUGAAAAUGAAAUUCUCACCCAAUUAUUUGACUCUGCCAUCACAAGCCAAAAGGAAGAUAAUGAAGAUCAAGAGGCUUGGAUUAUCUUUGAAGAUUCAAUUUGAUAUGUGAUAUGAGUUAGUUAUAAUAAUAAUUCCAAUAUGGUGCACACAGCUUUAUAGGAGUAAAAUAAUUAAAUCUCUUUGUUUUAUAAA